AUGGAUAUGGCCGCUUUUCAUAAACUAUGUGAGAUGUUGAAAGGUAUUGGUGGAUUAGUUCCUACUCGACAUAUGUGCGUUGAGGAGUUAGUGGCUAUGUUUUUACACAUAUUGGCUCAUCAUGUUAAGAAUAGAAUGAUUAGAAGACAAUUUGUUAGGUCUGGUGAAACGAUUAGUAGGAAUUUCAUGAAUGUUCUACUAGCUCUUCUAAAGUGCCACAAGGAAUUGUUAAAACAACCUCAACCGAUUUUGGAUAACAAUAUUGAUGAAAGAUGGAAAUACUUCAAGGUCAGUGUGCCUGAAGCUGAUAAAUGUAGAUUUAGAACAAGGAAGGGUGAUAUAGCGACAAACGUGUUAGGAGUAUGUUCACCAGAUUUGCAAUUUAUAUAUGUAUUGCCUGGGUGGGAGGGUUCAUCAGCCGAUUCUAGAGUCCUUAGAGAUGCUAUUUCUCGACCAAAUGGACUAAGAGUUCCUCAAGGUUUUCUUACCCCAUAUAGAGGUCAACAGUAUCACCUCAAUGAAUGGAGGAAUGGCUUACAACCGGCUACACCUAAAGAGUUUUUCAAUAUGAAACAUUCAUCAGCUAGAAAUUUCAUAGAAAGAUGUUUUGGACUUUUGAAGGGACGUUGGGCUAUAUUGACAGAGAAGUCAUUCUACCCUUUGAAAACUCAAAUAAGAAUUAUAACAGCUUGUUGUCUUCUAUAUAAUCAUUUUCGAAUCGAAAUGACACGAGAUCCAUUAGAAAGGGAUUUAAGAGAUGUUGAACCCUCUAACGAAUUCAUGUCUGGGGAAAUGAUAAUUGUUGUGGAGCCAAGUAAUGAAUGGAGUCAAUGGAGAGAUAAUUUAGCAUUGGAAAACUUUAAUAAAUGGAGAAGUGGAAGUCAUCAAUAA